ACAGCCAGUAUUUGGAGGAGGGGAAGGGAUCAGACCCUGAAGAAGUCACGAGAGCCUUCAGCUUCAUCACUGCCAGACAGAGGGAUGAGUACGGGCAGAAUCAACUCUUACAGCAUUGUAUCUUCAGAGGAAGACGGGUUGACCUUAACCACCAUGCCUGGAGUGAAUGGUUUUGGCAAUGGUAAGAUCCACACAAGGAGAAAAUGCCGGAACCGGUUUGUAAAGAAGAACGGCCAAUGCAACGUUGAGUUUACUAACAUGGAUGAUAAGCCUCAAAGGUAUAUUGCGGACAUGUUUACAACGUGUGUGGACAUCCGUUGGAGGUAUAUGCUGUUACUCUUCUCCCUUGCCUUUCUGGUAUCCUGGUUGUUAUUUGGUCUUGUUUUUUGGCUAAUAGCGCUUGUGCAUGGAGAUUUAGAGAAGCCAACGGCAGACGAAACGUUCACACCUUGUCUCCUGCAGGUGAACGGCUUUGUUGCCGCUUUCCUGUUCUCCAUUGAGACUCAAACAACUAUUGGCUAUGGAUUCCGUUGCGUGACAGAGGAGUGCCCUCUAGCUGUCUUCAUGGUGGUCCUCCAGUCCAUUGUAGGGUGUAUAAUAGAUUCUUUCAUGAUUGGUGCAAUCAUGGCAAAAAUGGCUAGGCCCAAGAAAAGGGCGGAAACCUUACUCUUCAGCCAUCACGCUGUUGUGGCCAUGAGAGAUGGCAAGCUUUGUCUGAUGUGGAGAGUGGGUAAUCUUCGAAAGAGCCAUAUUGUUGAAGCUCACGUCCGAGCUCAACUAAUUAAGCCCCGUAUCACCGAAGAAGGGGAAUACAUCCCACUUGACCAAAUAGAUAUUGAUGUUGGGUUUGACAAAGGCUUGGACCGUAUAUUCUUGGUGUCUCCUCUCACCAUCCUUCAUGAAAUCAAUGAAGAAAGCCCACUGUUUGGGAUCAGCCGGCAGGAUCUGGAGACUGACGAUUUUGAAAUUGUGGUGAUCCUAGAAGGUAUGGUGGAAGCCACCGCCAUGACGACACAAGCCCGGAGCUCAUACUUGUCUAGUGAGAUCCUCUGGGGCCACCGCUUUGAGCCUGUCUUAUUUGAGGAGAAAAACCAGUACAAAGUGGACUACUCACACUUCCAUAAGACCUACGAGGUCCCAUCGACUCCCUGCUGCAGUGCCAAGGACUUGAUGGAAAAUAAAUUCCUCCUCCCGAGCACCAACUCCUUCUGCUAUGAGAACGAACUAGCCUUCAUGAGCCGCGAUGAAGAGGAGGAGGAAGAUGAUGACAGUAGGGGUUUGGACGAUCCAAAUUCAGACAACCAACCUGAAUUUGACAGGCUUCAGGCUACAGUUGCCCUGGAUCAAAGGCCAUACAGAAGGGAAUCGGAAAUAUGAUCUGGGGCCCUGAGGGGUUUCCUGAGGGCAUCUUUCCCCUCUGUUCUCUUCCCCUACUAAAAAACAAAAUUCAAAUUAUGCAGAACAAUGCAAGUGCCAUAGGAAUGCCUGAGAAUUAGUAUGGUUUGUAGUUCUGGGUUGCUUGUGUUUGUUUGUUUGUUUAGUUUAGUUUCAUUGCAAUAACCACUGAAUGGCCAAGGCUGGGGAACUUCAACAGGCCUCAAAGUGUUGUAAACAUCCAGUAUUAAUAAAGUUGUUUAGACAAUGUAUUGGAGGGCGGAGUCAGUAUGGCACCACUGGAAGCCUGAUGUUUGUAUACUCUGCAUAAAGUUAAGAAUGAGGGUUUUAGUCCCCCUUCAAUGAAAAUAAGGGUAA